CAUGUUGAGUAGAUCGCACGGAACCGUAAGAAAGAGAGCCUUCUGCAAGACAAGAAAAGAAGUGGUAUGAGCAUAGAUCUAAAAUGUCCACCAUUGAAUAUAAUAGUUUGCUCUUCGAAAUAAGCGAAAGGAUCGACGGACUGAAUGCACUCCAACGUCUUGUUUUUAUUUGCCGCGGGAAGCUAACCCAGUCUGGCAGUGGAAACGUACACGACGGACUGUCAUUGUUUAAAGAACUAGAAGAACACGGUUAUCUAGGAAUUGAUCGCCUCAAACUAAUGAAAGAGCUGUUGAAAAGUGUUAAGGAAUGGUCUCUGAUUGGAAAAGUUAAAAAAUUCGAGAAUAAGCGAAAAGAAUACAAAGGCUUGCUUGAAAAGAUUAUCUGUGCACUCGACGAACUCAAUGAUAUGGAACGGCUGAUCACGUUAUGUAGAGGAAAUAUUCGUGAAGGCAACAUUGGUAACAUUGUUGAUGUUCGCUCCUUGUUCGAAGAGCUAGAAAAUCAGGAAACUCUGGGAAUCGACUGCCUCGAUGUUGUCAAGGUCAUUCUAGCAGAAACGGGAAAGACCGAUCUUUUCAAGGAAGUGGAAGAGUUUGAAGAACGAAGAGACCAGGAGGAUGAAUUCGAAGCAAAGAAAGAACAAAGAGCUGCUCUUAUGUCUUCUGUUAGAAGCACACUAAUGGGAGUGGUAAACAUAAAAACAGUAUUCAAAGUGGUUGCUGGUGGCCUUACAGUCGUUUCUGCCAUGGAGGUACUGAGUCGUUGGUCCUCAUUUGAUCAACUGGUCGCUGCCGUACAAACCUGUGUGCUUCCAGCCGGUACUAGUCUGGUUCAAAUUACUGAUGGCUGCGUGUGCCUUACAGUUCAAGCUGAAAGUUUAUCAGCUCUUAAAACUUUGUGGAAAUUGUAUCAGGAUAGAACCCUUCAGAAACGACUGUACGAUUUCUUUGUCACUGAGAUGAGAGAACUCGCCGAGGGAGAGGAUGUGGAGGUGAAUGUCACCAUCGAUGAAGGCGAAUAUCAGAAAGCUUGUAUCGAGCUUAUACCAGGGGUCCAAGGAGGUGCAACCAUUGACUAUGUUGAAAGAAGACGACGAAACUCCGACUCAGCUGUGUAUUUCAACGCAAAAGAAUUGCCACUGUCGAGGCUUAAAUGUCUAGAAACUGAAGUGAAAUAUCUCCACAACAGUAUCGCACUUCUGGAAGGAAAAAAAGAGAAUUUGGGGUCGCAUCCUUUCGAGCAAAAGGAAAUUGCACCUACAAGAUCAUCCGAUGAAAAUUUUGAUUACAAACCAUGGGACCCCAAGAAGAUGGAGAAAGACACGAUAAAGACGGAAAGAUCAGAAGAUCUCGAAAGUAAACUAAAAAUGAAGUUAAUGGGCGAUGAAAAAAUGGAUUUUGUUCAGUGGUAUAUAGAGAAUGUGCACGAGACAUGUAGCAUGACGACUGAGGCAAGUGAAAGCGGUUUGGGAACACGCACUACUGUGUCCGAAGAGGAAAUAGAAGACGUGAGAGAUUCCAGUGGAUUUUUCCUUAAAGAUCUGAGGAAAGAGUCAAUUCACGAACUGGAUAGGAGACUUUUUGUUGACAAAGUCGGGAAGGAAAGGGUUUUUCGAUUUUUUGGUCUGAAAAUGAACUUGAUUCCUUCCGAGAAUAGUUAUGUUUGUCCCAUGAAGUGGAUUGCACAAAGCUUUCCAAACACUCCUGUUGACCUAAUAAGGCAAUGUUUCGAGGCUCUGCAAAUGAACGAUCUUGUUGCCUUUCUGAAACCAAUUUCACUUCGUCCUGUCCUUUCCCCGGGAGAAGUAGAGACGUUACGUACUGGUGAUCUUCCCACAAAGUCUCACAACAAUGUGUUAGUGCUGGUAGUAAAUGACAGUACGGACAAGGACCUCGGUCAAAAGAUGGAGGGAUUUUUCAAAGAAUUAAAUUCACAGAACAAUGUCACAGUAAUUGGAUCUUCUUGCACAGAAGAAAACCGCAAGGAACUGAAUGAUUUGAAAAUGAAACAAAUGCGUAAGAAAGAACUAAGCAAGGAGGUAGAGGCAUGUAACUAUUCUCUUCACAGUGCAACCAGCAAAAGUAGGAUGAUUACAUUGGAAUUUGCGCUCUCUGCCCUGAGGUUAAAAGUCGCAGAACUUGAAAAAGAAAUGGAGAUGAACAAACCGCUGGUGGAGGUGCGACUGAAAGUGAAUGAGGAGAAAAGGGGGAUCAUAACGUCUACAAUGGACAACUGGAUUCAGAAUCAAGAGAAAUUCACGGCGGUUUUUCUUGCUUUCAUCAUCGAUGAAAAGGAAUCAAUUUACGAUUAUGAUGUUUUAGCAGAAUGUGUGGCGUCCAAGUUGUCAUCACUUCCAUACCACACGAAAAUCGUGGUUGGUGCUCCGAGGUGGAUUAUCAUUAAUGAGGUUCCCGAGAUGCUAUCUAUUGGUUCUCCGGACUGGCCAAUUAACUCCUCAAUCUUCAAUUCGAUGAUUGAGAUGUUCGUUGAGCGAUACCACGAAUUGGAUCUCGUUUCAAUGAUGAGAGAAUUUUUAAGAACAAAGCAAGUUGUGAGUGACAUCCGAAGCAAUCUUUCUACUCUUCCAAGGUUUGAGAAAAGGAAAGAACAGGAGCUCGAGUGAAGCUAGUCAUAUGUGAAUUAAAUGAGACACUGUUGUUGUUGGGCGGUAGAGGAUUUUUGUUGUAUCACGAUAUUAUAUGAUCCCCUCUUCACUGGCAGUUAAUCGACUGAUCCCCCUCCGAUUCCUCCCCUAAAAAAAAAGAAAAAAAGAGUAAUCUUCCCAGAAUCCUCCAUUCCCCCUCCCCAGGUGAUGAACAAUUACUUAUUCCCGACAGAAUAUUACGAAUGCUAAAAAUAUCAGGGUUGUUCAAUUUAUUUGCCUAUAUUAGGGAGCAAAUGCUAUUUACAUUCAAAGGUGUUCAUCAUGUAGUUGCGGACAAAUUUAUUUGCAAAAGGACGAUGAAUGAAACCUGGGAAAGGAGUAUACCUGAAUCGCCUCUCAAGGGAAUAUUCUUUAAACGUUUUUUUUUUUCGCAAUUAUCCUCUCGGUGGUUUGAGUUAAUGUUGUCUCUUACUUAGAGCUAAGCAGUAGAGUUGCACAGGUAUCAUAGCGCGAAACUAGAAUGAACUUAAGCAUGCGUGCACGCAAGAUUCUCUUUACUGGCAUUUACAUCUUUCGUCCACUUUGACGCUUUGCCCGCUGCGUUUCUUCUCCAAGCAAAGGAAAAAUAAAAACCACUAGUAUCUAUAGAGAUCGCCUCUUAUGAGUAAGAUAUUGAUUCAUAGCUUUUAAGGUUGGUAGGUUGGUGGAUGGGCACAGAAUUCAUAAAGCUGACAUUUAUUACACGAUGUAACCGAGUAUCCAAAGCUGAUCUACACGAACAAACAAUAGUUCAGAUAACUAUAUUAAAAUACCAGGUAUGCGAAAUUCAGCUAUAGAGACUAGUUUUGAUGUGUUAAUUGGAAUUUUUGUAACAAUGUGACAACAAUAUUUAAUAGAAAAUGAAUGACGUGACUCAGAGUUUUGCUAGCAUUUGUUGUUGUGCAGAUUAGUAUCUGGGGAAAAGGCAGUAGUUCCUUUCACGAGAUUUAAAAACGUAUUUAAAAGCAAGGUUCGGUUUUUUUAGUCUAAUGAGCACGAAUGUUGUGUUUGCGGUAGAGUAACCAUUGAACUUCAAGUUAAAUU